AUGUCUACCGUUCCGACGCUUUUUAUUCGAUGCCCGGCGAUCCCAAGUCGUCAUGUGCUCGUGAAUCGAUUCCUCUUCGAUUUGCGGGCGGAGCUCGGGAUUGCGGAGUGGUUUACGGAGGAUUCCGUCCUUCGCUCGGACGCCCCGGUGGAGGUCGUCUACGCCGCGACCUCGCGAAAGCCGUACUUUUUGGUGGAGUUUCGCCCCCCGACUCCGGAGGAAUGGCGGCGACGAAAACCCCCGCUUUCGAACGCCUUGACUUCUUCCGAAACGCAGGGGGAUUGUGGGGAAUUUUCCUCCGAAAAGAAGGAACUCGCGCGGCGGUGUGCGGAUCGUCUUCUCGACGGCAGCCCGCGCGUGUUUAACGGGCAUCCGGUGGUGAUUUCCACGGCCGCCCCGGGGAUCACCGUGGCGACGACACGUGUGAAGCGGGAAGGGGGAGGAGGGGGGCGUCGAGGUGAAAAUUCAACGCGAUCGCCCCCUCACGAGUUGAACGAAAAGGGUGGAAAACCGACCCCGAUCUCGUUUACCCCGCGUGCGGUGAAGAAGCGGCGUGCGGAGUAG